AUGCCUCCUCGUAGAGCUUACGUAAGGAAUGUGAAUGCCAGGAAUGAUAACGUAGCUCCUCCAGUCCCAGAACAGAAAGUUUCAAAUGCAGAGUUUCAAAAUGCGAUUCAACUUUUCGCUCAGAGUGUGAUUAACCAGAACAAUCAGCAGGUUCCAAUUCCUGCAAAUGCUAUUGGUGGAUCAGUGGCGUCUAGGGUCCGUGAUUUUGUUAGGAUGAAUCCACCUGAGUUUCUAGGGGUAGAGUUGGCGUCCUACCAGCUCAAGGAUGUAGCUCACAUAUGGUUCACGCAGCGGAAAGAAAACAGGGGUGAGAAUGCAGCUUCUGUGACUUGGGAGUGUUUUACAGGAGCUUUUUUGGACAGGUUCUUUCCAAGAGAGUUGAGAGAGGCAAAGGCUCAGGAAUUUAUGAAUUUGAGGCAAGUACCUUCAUCAGCUAGUGCUCCAUCUUCCAAGUUUCGACAGGAUCAGAAAGGUAGGGCAUCAGGAUCUAAGUCUCAGGGAAGUGUUUCAGUUACCAGAACCUACUCAACUUGUCCAAAGUGUGGAAAGAACCAUUCGAGCGAGUGUCUUGUAGGAAAGGAAGGAUGUUUUGGGUGUGGUCAAACUAGUCACAGGUUAAGAGAUUAUUGCCCUUCUUCUAAACAAGGACAAGGAGGUGACACUAGUAGGGCUCAGUCUACAGCUCCAGCAGCACUAGCAAGUCUCCCAACUCAGUAG